AUGAGGUUCUUUAUUGUAAAUGCUAAUGCUCGUGUUGUCCACGCACUAACAACUUGUCUCGAAGAGGUGUCUCCGUGGAUACGUCCUGUGCAGGCCCAUGCUUUCCACGGGUCGUUGAACACGUUUCUCAAGUCGUAUAAUUUGCCUGGAGCAAGCGCUCUUGUUUCACCUGCAAACUCGCUUUCGUAUAUGGGCGGUGGCUUUGAUCGGGCCAUUCUCGAAGUGCUCGCAGGCCCUGGACGUGAUUACAAAACAAUGGAAAAAGCCAUUCAGGCGCACACUGCGCGCCAGUACCGCGGCUACCUUCCCUGCGGAACAGUGCACAAAAUUGACUUGGUUGACGUCUGUGGCGCGAAAUCAGAUUUGGUCGCACAGGAUGCGCAUGCAACGACUUCAAGCGCAAGCCAAAUCACCACGUUACUCCAGGCACCGACUAUGGUUGCGCCUGGCCCUACGUCGGGGCAAUAUGUUUUUGACUGUAUUUGGAACGUGUUAGUAGCCGCUGAGGGUGAGGAAAAUGUCAUUUUGCCGGUCUUUGGUGCAGGCUAUGGCGGCCUAGAUGCUCUGGUUGUGGCUCGGAUAAUGGCGGGCGCACUCGGGCUCUUUUACGCGCCACUUCUGCCCUUGGAGCGCGCUGCAGCAGUCCUCAUUUUCCUCCAAAAAGAUUACCAUCAAUUUGGGCUUGCGCUGGACAUAGGCGAGAUUGAGGCACAUUUGAGCGACGAGGGUAAGAAUUUUUUCCCUUCGAGUGUGCCUUGGCCCACACCAUGGCCUGACGUGGUGCGGUGUGUGAAAAUGCUUCAAGUUGACCGCCCUCUUUUGAAGUAG